AUGCCCUUUUCGCGUACCUUGUCAGUCGUUGGAUGUCACGCCGAAGGUGAAGUCGGCGACGUGAUUAUCGGUGGAGUACUCGAUGUCCCUGGCAGUACAAUGUACGAGAAGCUGGUUCACUUUUUGAACGAAAAAGACGACAUACGUCAACUUUUACUCAACGAGCCUCGAGGCCGGUGCUCAAUGAACACAAAUUUAAUCCUCCCCCCUUGUGACCCACGAGCCGAUGCCGGGUUCUUGAUCAUGGAAAGCGAAGAAUACGCACCUAUGUCGGGAUCCAACACAAUCUGCACAGCUACUGUGUUAUUGGAGACUGGCAUGGUUCCGAUGAAAGAGCCCAUCACCCAACUGACCCUGGACACCGCUGCCGGUCUAGUCACCGUAAAAGCAGAAUGUGAAGCGGGAAAAUGCAAGAAUGUGGCAUUUGACAAUGUACCUGCAUUUGUAUUCGAACUCGACUAUCAAGUCCUUGUACCUGGCCUUGGAGAGGUUACCGUUGACAUAGCCUGGGGAGGGAUGAUAUAUGUGCUCGUGGAUGCAGCUUCUGUGGGUCUGAAAGUCGAAUCUCAAUAUAGCACGCAGCUAGUUGAGAUUGGCGAGCGUAUCAAACGCGCAGUCCAAACCUCUUAUACCCCUAUUCACCCUGAGAAUCCCGGAAUCAAGGGAGUCAGUAUCUUGGAGUUCACGGAACCUCUCACACAAGAGGACGGCUGCAAGGCUGCUAUCAACACUGUUGUUGUCUCACCGGGGCGUUUUGAUCGCAGUCCUUGUGGCACUGGCACAUGUGCUCGACUCGCUGUUCUUCACGCGAGGGGUCAGCUAGCGGAGGGUGAGGUGCUCAAGCACCGCAGUAUUAUUGGCACCGAAUUCACCAGCCAUAUUCGUGGAACCACACAAGUUGACAAAUACCAGGCUGUUCUCCCGACUGUUGCUGGGAGGGCUUGGAUAACUAGUUUCAAGCAAGUAGUUCUUGAUUCAAGUGACCCCUUCCCAGAGGGGUUCAGGGUGGGAGAUCAAUGGCGAAUGGCACCCAAUUAG